AUGGCGUCCGCGGCAAAGCUCGCUGAGCUUGCGCUCCACACCGCAGAGCAGUCGGAGGAGGAGCUGCUGCUCUCACAGGAGCGGCUAGAUGACAUGCGCAUAUCGCGCGGCGCGUACGUUGAGGUACGCGCUGUAAGCGACGCAGGCAUCUCGCCGCCGGCCGGCUCACCCUCUGGCAGCGCGUCUCCAUCGUCGUCGUCGCCGACGGGUCCGGCGACGGCCGCGGCGACUGGCGGCGCCGAGGAUCGCGGCGCUCUCGUUUUACGCGUCGGCUCUGCGGCGCCCGGCAAGGGCUCCCAGGGCGUCUCGCUCCUCGCGGCAACGGCGUCGCUCUUUGGCCUCUCUUCGCGGCAGAGUGUCGAGGUCAUUGUGGUGCCGGCGGCGGCGGCGGAGCUCGAGUGGGUCGAGAUGGUGUUUCGCGACCAGUAUCUCUCGCGCGGCGACAUCUGGUACUGGAUGCAGCAGCUGCGCGCGUCCAGCCCGAACGUCUACCUGCGCAAGGUCUUUGGCCACGCUGGCGCGCGCGUCGAG